AUGGUACGCGCCGCGUCCGACAUUCCGUCCUUCAACGCACCUUCCUCCUCUGCUGCUCCCAAGCCUGCCCCAACGCCUGCGGCCACCGAGAAGGCGCCGCCUAAGCCCAGGCGUCAGUUCAAGGCCAAGAAGGCAGCAUUGACCAUGACUCCGAACGCCGUGUCCCGUCUUCGCGCACUCAUGUCGUCGCCCACCGAGCCCAAGAUGCUGCGUAUCGGUGUCAAGACGCGCGGGUGUGCCGGCAUGGCGUACCACCUCGAGUACGUUGACCCUCCUGGAGGCAAGUUCGACGAGGUCGUCGAGCAGGACGGCGUCAAGGUUCUUAUCGACUCGAAGGCGCUCUUUUCGAUCAUCGGUAGCGUCAUGGACUGGCGGGAUAACCGGUUGAGCGCCGGCUUCGUGUUCGAGAACCCGAACAUUGUCGACACGUGCGGAUGUGGCGAGAGCUUCAACAUCCGCUUUUAG